AUGAAGACAUACAAUUCUGUAAAUAAUAUUAUGGGAUUCCAAGGGGAACAAAACAGUAUUGUUCCAUCGUAUAAUAAAUCAAGUAUGGAGAAAUCAUCAAAUAAAAGAAAUAUUAAAGGAAGGAUUUAUUCUUUUCAUUUUCUUGUGAAAAUAUUUGCAUUUUCACUCUUCAUAUGGACCUUGUAUGCAUCACACAAUGGAAACGUUAGUAAGAAUGCUGACACUGUGAACACAACUCAAGGAUUAAGCAAAGGAAGAAUUUUAGCACAAGGAGAUCAUAACGAAGAAACUGAAGAUGUAAAUCUUAAGGCCUAUCAUACUGGUGAACGUACUGGAUAUACUGAAGUAAAACAUAGACGUACAUUUUCACAUUCUCAAGAAGGAGAUUCAAAUACUUUUGAAACUAGAGAAGAAAAUGAAGUAAUUGGUGAUUAUGUAGAACAACAGAAUUAUGAUGAUGGUUCAAGUCAAAAAAAUGGAGAUUUUAAAGCAGUUUUUAAAAAAGCUGAUAAUUUUAUUGAAACCAAGUUAGUUAGUGCUUUACAUCCAAAAAAAAAUCACUUAUUAAAAUUAGCUAUUCUUGCAUUCCCAAUAUUCUUGGAACAUGUAUCUAAUAUAUUUAAAAGAAGAGGAUUUAAAUAUAUCGGAACUGCUAUGCAUUUGGUUUGUCUUGUAUUCUAUGUUUACAUAUUCAAAGUAAUUGUUAAUCACUUAUUAACAAAUAAAGAAGACAAAUUUGGUCAUUUUGAACCACAUGGAAAUUAUCCAAAUGAUGAUGGUAAUUACAACCCUGGUUAUCAUAGACCUAAAAGAAGAAAAAAAGAUUAUAGAAGAUACGAAGAUGGAAAUCAAUAUCAAGAUGACGAAAUAGUUGAAGCUUAA